AACAUUCCUUUCUUCCUUUCUUUGCUCCAGAGAGGCUUCCAACACCAACCAUUUCUUUUCUUCAAGCUAUGGAUCCACAAUGGGCUGACUUUCUCCUGAGUCCCAUCAUCAAUACCACAAUUUCCAAGUUGAUUUCCACUGCUGCUGAGGAAAUCAGCCUUGCUGUCGGGUGUAAGAAGGAGCUUAAAACGCUUCAGAACAAAAUGUGCAUGACCAAGGAUGUGUUGCUGGACGCAGAGGAGAGACAGGUGCGAGACCGUGCUGUCAAGGGUUGGCUUGAGAAGCUCAGGGAUGUCGUUUUUGAGGCUGAUGAUGUGCUGGAUGAGGUUGCCUACGAAAGUGAGAAGUGCAAGGUGAAGAACCAAGACCAAAAGCUGAAAAAGAUUAAAACCAUUCUAUUUCGUAGGGGGAUUGCUAAGAAGAUUAAGAAAAUUAUUGCAUUGAUGGAAGCUAUUAACAAUGAAGCAAGAGAGUUUGGACUCCAAAAUAGACUUGCUGGCACAGUGGUUUCUGAACAUAGAAGAAACGCACAGACCCAUGCCACUAUUGGUGAUUUAUCAGAGGUUGUGGGGAGAAAGGAUGAUAUUUCCAAAAUGGUGCACCUCUUAACUGACUCAUCUAAUGAGUUACGCCUUUGUGUAUUGUCUUUAGUGGGUAUGCCGGGUCUCGGUAAAACCACGUUAGCACAAGCUGUGUGUAAUGAUAAGCGAAUCAAAAACUACUUUGGUAAAAUAAUGUGGGUUUGUGCAACGGACAGUUUUGAAGUAGAGAGGAUUUUAACAGAAAUGCUGGAGUCUCUCUCCGGAAAUUCUUGUGCAGUAAAAAACAAAAAUACUGUGAUUCAAAAAAUAAGAGAAGCCAUGGGGGAGAACAACUUUCUUCUGGUACUGGAUGAUAUGUGGGAUGAAGAGAGUCACGGGAAAUUUGAAGACUUGAGAAGCUGUUUGCUAGGAGUAUGUAAAAUGUCAAGGAAUAGAGUUAUUGUGACAACUCGAAAUGAAAAAGUUGCAUUGAAAAUGAGAACACUUCCUCAACACAUGCAUCAUCUUGGGAAACUACAAAUCGCUAACUGUUGGUCUAUUAUCAGGAAAAGAGUACCUGGAGAUACUUCUAUAACUCUAGAAUUGGAGAAAAUUGGAAGGGAUAUUGCUCAAUUAUGUGGAGGUGUGCCAUUAGUUGCAAGGGUUAUAGGAGGUAUUUUGUGUACAGAAAGGUUGGACAGAGUCACGUGGUUGUCAAUUAAAAGGAAGAUCGAGGCAUUGGGUCCACUUGAACAUGAUAUAGAAAUCAGAGAUUUUGUUAUGGAAAGAGAGAUGUUGAUUCAGCUUUGGAUGGCUAAGGGAUUUCUCCAAUCUGCUGAAGAAAGUCCUAUGACAAUGGAGGAUAUCGGUAAUAAGUAUAUAAAUGACUUGUUAUCGUAUUCUCUUUUUCAGGAGCAACAAAGAGAUUCAUUUGGAAUGCCAACAAAUUUAAGAUAUGUUGCUCCAAAGCUACACACUUUGUUUUUCAAGGAUGGUUUUUCCAAUGGUAUGCAAGUGGAUCUUAAAAGUUUACGAGUUUUGAGUUUUGCUGAUUCUGUUGGUAUUGAAGAAUUGCCACCAUGUUUUGGUAACAUGAAGAAUCUGAGGUAUUUGGACAUUUCAAGAACUCGGAUGACAAAACUGCCAAAGUUGAUCCCCAAGCUAUACAAAUUGCAAACAUUUAGAUUCAUGACUUGCAGAUCUCUAGAAAUGCCUCCUGAAGGAAUUGGAAGUUUAAUCAACUUGAGGCAUAUAUACUUCAGUGAUGAAGAGCAGAUGCCUGCAAACAUUGGGAAACUAACAUGUCUUCAAACAUUGCCAAAGUUCUUUGUAGGCAAAACAAAGGGACGCAAAAUUGAAGAAUUGGGCAGCUUGAGAUGGCUCAGAGGAAGUUUGAAGAUCUGUAAUCUUGAGCAUGUUAAGGACAAAUCAGAAGCUAUGGGAGCAAAGCUACACGAGAAGACAAUUUCUGAGUUGAGAUUAAAGUGGGAAAAAGAAGGCAAUCAAGAUGAAGAUGUUUUGGAAGGUCUCCAACCACACUCAGAUCUACAAGUAUUAGAAAUUGAUGGUUAUGGAGGCAAAAACUUAUCAUCAUGGAUGUCGAAGAAUGUUAUGAAUUCUGAUAUGUUUUUGCUCAAGAAUUUGGUGGAAUUGAGAAUUGUACAGUGCACAAAGUUAGAAAGCAUUCCAGUAAUGACAGGAUUUUCAUCUCUUCAAAUACUUUCUAUUUCAAACUGUGUUGAAUUGAGUACUAUAGCCGAUGGAGGAUUUGCCAAAUUGGCGUCCCUUAAAGAAUUACGCAUAUCUGAUUGUCCCAAGUUGGAAAGGGUUUCAUCAAAUGGUUUAUCAUUGCCUCAGCCACUCUUAAUUCCAGAUUGCAGAGAGUUGAAUAGCCUAUCAACCUUCACGUGUCUAAAAAUUUUAUCUUUGCGUGGCUGUAAAAAUCUAAGUGGGCUAUCAUCUUGCAUUGCUCUUAAGAAGUUGGGGAUAUCCAAUUGCCAUAGCCUGAUCUCUAUUCCAGAAGAAUUGAAGGAAAUACAUUCUUUGGUUGAUUUGCGGAUUUAUUUGUGUUCAAAAUUGAGGAGCAUCCCAGAAAAUACCCUCAUUUCCCUUACCAGCUUGAAGAGAUUGUCUAUUGGUGGCUUUUCGGAAGAGUUGGAGGAAUUUCCUGGUCUCAGUUCCAUCCACAGCCUCCAAGCCUCCCUUGAACAACUGGUUUUGACUGGAUGGGGAAAACUAACUGAGUUUCCACAUCAGAUUCAAAACCUAAACUUUACUACUCUGCAAAGGGUGUCAAUAUCAGAUUUCAAGGAAGUGGAGACAUUACCGAAUUGGUUAGGAAACUUAUCCUCUCUGAAAUCACUAUGGAUUUGGAGAUGCCUUCGAUUAAAGUAUCUACCAAGUGGGCUGUCAUUCUUCACUACUCUCGAGCACCUUGCCAUAUACAGAUGUCCUAGUCUGGCCUCUGUUAACUUGGAGGAGAUCCUCGGCCGCCUUGCUCGCUUGAAGAGAUUAUGGAUCGGUCCUUUCUCAGAAGAGUUGGAGGAAUUCCCAAGUCUGAGUUCUAUUCACAAACUCGGUACUUCCCUUGAAGAAUUGCGUUUGUUUGGUUGGGCAAAGCUAACUCAGUUGCCACAUCAAAUUCAACACCUCACAGCUCUAAGGAUUUUGAAAUAUAAUCACAAGAUUCAAGUUUCCGAGAGGCUAAUGCUGAAGGAUAAAUUAUCAGUUGAUUGGAAGGAAGAUUUCUAGAAUUCAGAAAUGAACUCCAACAACAAGAACCUACUAACUUCUAGCUUCUGAGAGUUGCAUUACAGUAACAGCACAGGGGAAUUUCAUUUUUGGUUGUGAAACGGAAAGUUGUAAAGAUGAUCCUCAUCCAAUAAUUAAGGCAAUGGAUCACGAACGGUAGAAAAGUAGCUUCACCAUGGGAAACUCAAUUCUGGUAUGCUUUCUAGAUUUUUAUGACUCUUAAUUGCCAUUGGAAGUUGAGUGAGGUCUUAUGAUAAAAGUUGCUUCUUUUGAAAUGUUUUUGAUAAUGCAGAAUGUUCUCGGAGGUGCUCAAUUUCAGUCAAUUGGAAACAUAUCUUGUAUCUCUCAUGUGUUCCUUGAAGGAAAGCUAUUGCAGGUAAGAAAUUGAGGGACAAUGAGCAGACAAUCGAGGGUCUAUUUGAGUAAAUGCACAAUCUCCAU